AUGGCCGGACAACGCACAGCCCAGCAGCUCCUGCAAUCUGCACGAGUAGCCCCGGAAAUCUUCGCACUACGACCGGACUACCGCGCCCUUCUAAUGGUCGUCGAGGGCAUCCCCCCAGGUCCGAGCGACGCCUCCAGCCAAGCAAUGCUGCAAGAAGCCGAAAGCCACGUCAAAGAACUACUAUCCAAGUCCCCGGUGACCGAAUUCCCACACAUCGCCGCCUGGCGAGACGCCUAUAAAGCCUUCGGCGCGAAGCCGAACAAAACGCGAAACAGCCUGGAGGCGUUGACUCGUCGAGCAGAGGCGGGUUUACCACGCGUCAACCGACUGACGGAUAUCUAUAAUGCAAUUUCAGUCAAGCACCAAAUUCCGUUCGGUGGGGAGGAUCUGGAUAAAUACGAUGGCUCGCCGUUCCUGGUCCGCGCCACGGGCAAGGAGCCGUUCCAGACAUUCUCGGGCGGAGAACCUCAGGUGGAGCUCGCAGCUCCUGGGGAACCCAUCUGGUGUGAUGAUACGGGCAUUACCUGUCGUCGGUGGAACUGGCGACAGGGCCCGCGGACAGCGUUGACGGAUGAGACUUCGCGCGUUCUCUUCAUUUUGGAUGCGUUGGAGCCACUAUCCAAUGAAGAUCUCACCAAAGCUGCGGAGGAGCUGGCAACGGCAUUGAAAGGUCUGUCUACGGAUGUACAGGUGUCACAACGCAUCAUUGACGCUUCAUCUUGA